AGCUUUUUAUAGGUUACGCGCAGGAUAGUCCAGAAAAGCUUCAGCGUUUCUUUUUACAGGUUACCUUUUCCCACUCCUCCUCGCUUCCCACCGAUAUCAGUUGAACUCGUACCCGUUAAGCUUAGACAUGCCUGAUCAGGUCCACCAAGACGCAUGGAGAGAGCUCGGGAACCUGUGUGUUCAUUCUGCUCAGUUCGACUCCCCCGAGCGUCAGCCGUUCUCCCAGUGCCUCCCAGGCACUCGCGGUGACCUGCUCGACACCCUCCGCACCACCAUUAGGACCACGAACAAGAAGAUCAUUUGGCUGUCUGGCGAAUCUGGGUCCGGCAAAUCCGCCGUCGCGCACACGCUUGCUCAGGAGUUCCACAAUAAUGGCGCGCUCGCCGCUUCGUUUUUCUUCUCCCGCCGACAUGCCAUUCGUAGCACCGACGACCACUUCGUACCCACCAUCUCCUACCAGCUCGGCCUACGACAUCCGCGCGUCAAAGAGUAUAUCACCCAAGCGCUAGUUGACGACCCCUCUUUGCUCAAGCUAGAACGUUCUCGACAGGAGCAGUUUACUCGACUUGUUCUCGAGCCGCUGAGAGUGCUCAAGAAAAUCUGGAAAGACGUGGGAAAGUCGAUGAUAAUGCUCUUUGAUGCACUCGACGAGUGCGAAUCCGGAGAGCGUAACUAUCGUAUUGGUCAGCUAGUCGACUUCUUCAUCAGCGCGCUGCAAGACGAAGGGACCGCUAAUUUCCACGUGGUAGUAACCAGUCGCCCUUACUCUCAUAUAGAAGAAGUCUUGGACAAGUGCACCCUUGUCGUACCUCACGUCAUAGAUGAUUUUGACGCCAGACACGAUAUCGAAGAUUUCCUCAAAACCUCUUUCGACGAAAUAAGUCGUGCUCCCUACUUUUCCCUUCCGACGCCAUGGCCGUCAUACACUGACCUCCAGCUCCUCGUCGAUAGGGUUUCUCGCCGGUUCAUUGUUGCCGCGACUGUUGUCAGGCUACUGAGGCAAAAGCGCCCAUCUGACAUGCGGCACUUCCUCGAUGCGUUGUUGCAGACGCACAGGCUGACGAGUACUAUUGAUGAGCUUUAUCGUCAUGUCAUCAACUCAUCCCAGCCCGCUUCGGCGGGCACUUCUCUUCUCGUCUACAUAUUAUCCUUGUCAGAGCCGUUAUCUAUCAAAGACCUUUCGUGCCUCGCUCAGUACGACGUCCGUCCGGUCCUUGAUUCGAUGGCCGCUAUCGUAUAUGUGCCACCUGCAGGCUCAAAUGAGCCCAUCGGGACGUAUCACACGUCGCUCCGCGAUUUCCUCUGGGACGAAGCGCGAUCGCAGGAGCUGUACGUCAAUCCCGCUGUCGCUCAUUGUGGCAUUGCCCGCGCUUGCUUAGAGCUCAUGGAGGGGUCACUGAAGAAAAAUAUCUGUGGUUUCAAUGAUCAUUCGAGUCUACAUACCGAGAUUGUCGGCUUUGAUGACAAACGAGACAGGGCCAUCUGUCCUGCUCUGGCAUAUUCGACAAAGCAUUGGCUUGAUCACCUUUGCGACGCUGCGCCUGAUCCCAGACUGCAGUCUCUUCUUUCAUC